UACCAUCGCGACGAAAACGCUUGGCUCGUCUGCUAGAAAUUUGCUCAGCAUAGUUCGUUUUUUAAAAUGACUUUUCCAUGUUAGAAUUGAGGUUUUUGUGAUCUGAGCUUCGAGAGCAGUCUGUGCUGUGACGGGAGAUAAUCAUGUUUAUUUAUUUGAGCAAGAAGAUUGCUAUUCCCAACAACACCAAGUUACGAUGUGUAUCAUGGAACCGAGAACAGGGCUACAUUGCAUGUGGAGGAGAGAAUGGUCUCCUGAAAGUACUCAAGCUGGAAAUACAGACAAGUAAAGAUGCCAAAAUACGAGGUUUGGCAGCACCCAGCAAUCUCUCAAUGAAUCAAACAUUGGAAGGCCAUGGAGCUGCCGUCCAAGUGGUUACAUGGAAUGCUCAUCACCAGAAACUGACAACGAGUGACCAGUUCGGCCUCAUAAUUGUCUGGAUGCUCUACAAAGGUUCUUGGUUUGAAGAGAUGAUUAAUAACAGAAAUAAGUCAGUAGUACGGAGUAUGGCAUGGACCCCUGAUGGCCAGAAGAUCUGCAUUGUGUAUGAAGACGGCGCUGUGAUUGUUGGUUCGGUAGACGGCAACCGCAUCUGGGGGAAAGAGAUCAAGGCUAUGCAGCUGACUAACGUGGAGUGGUCGUGGGAUGGUAGACACCUUCUAUUCGGAAUGAGCAAUGGAGAGAUUCAUAUCUAUGACAGCCAGGGAAACUUCUGUAGCAAACUGACGACCUACUGCCUGACCAAUGUUACUGGUGCAGUGAAGAUUGCUGGAAUAGACUGGUACAACGGCUCGUUUGGCUACGUAGAACCCAACUGCCCAACACUGGCAAUCUGCUUUGACAAUGGACGAGCGCAAAUCAUGAAGCAUGAAAACGACGAGAAUCCAGUCUUGAUCGACACAGGUAUGUCUGUAGUGCAGAUACAGUGGAAUCAUAGAGGCUCCGCUCUGGCCGUAGCUGGAUCCCAGAAGUCGGUCCAACAGGAUAAAGACAUUAAUGUUGUGCAGUUCUACACACCUUUUGGCGAGCACAUGCGUACUCUGAAGGUACCUGGGAAGGAGCUGACAUCAAUCUCCUGGGAAGGAGGUGGUCUACGCAUCGCUCUAGCCGUGGACUCCUUCAUCUACUUUGCUAACAUCAGGCCAGACUACAAGUGGGGAUACUGUGAUAAGACUGUUGUGUACUCCUUCUCCAAGCCGGCGCGUACAGAGCAGUGUGUGGUAUUUUGGGAGACCACCACUGGCGAGCGCUACAUCAAGUAUGUGCGUAAUUUAAUAUCAGUCACAGCAUAUGGCGAUCAUUGUCUACUUGCUACACGAGCUGAUGAAAACACAGGACAGGAUGCUGGAGAUCUGCAGCAGUAUGUACUUGUGUUGUGUAACUCCAUCGGAACACCUCUGGAAUCCAAGUACAUUGAUAUGGAACCGAUUUACGUCGCAGUGACUCGCACCCACGUGAUAGCCGCCUCCAGGGAAGCGUUCUACGUCUGGCAGUUCAAGACGCCCAAGAAGCUUUCCGCUAUGGAGGUCAACCAGGCCAUGGGACGUAAGAAGGACAGCAGAGAGAGGGUCUACCAUAUUGAUGAUACACCGUCUGGAGCUGGGGAGUCCAUGCUAGAUUUCAGUAAAGCAUUUGCUCCUACAGGUGACUCAAUCUGUUGUGUGUGUGCAUCGGAUAAAGUACUCAUGAUCGGCCGUGAGUCAGGAACUCUUAAUCGCUACUCGUUGCCCCACCUGGCCCUAGUCAACAAGCACACUGUCAACUGUCGCCCACAUGCCCUGUCUCUCAACUGCACAUCGGCUCGUUUAGCCAUCAUCGACAUUGCUGGUAUCCUGACCCUGUUCGACCUCGAUACCAAGUGGGUCAACAGCGAUGGUCAAGAGGUGCAGGGUCAGAAGCUGGAGUUUGAACGCAAGGACGUCUGGGAUAUGAAGUGGGCUGAGGAUAACACAGAGCUCUUUGCCAUGAUGGAGAAGACCAGGAUGUACAUCUUCAGGAAUCUGGAUCCUGAGGAACCCAUCCUGAGCUCAGGCUACAUCUGUCACUUUGAGAACCUCCAGAUUACAUCCGUUCUCUUGGAUGAAAUCUUGAAGACACCGGAAACGCCCAGUAAGGACAAUCUCUUAGGCAUGGAGAUUAAGUCUCUUCGCGACUCGAGAGAUCUUCUAGAGAAAGUUGGUAUUGAAGAUGCAGCUCAGUUUAUUGAGGACAACCCACACCCAAGACUAUGGCGUCUACUCGCCGAGGCUUCCCUAGAGAAUUUAGACUUGAAGAUGUCGGAGCAGGCGUUCGUUCGCUGCAAGGACUACCAAGGGAUAGAGUUUGUCAAGCGGCUGGGUAACCUACAGAGUGAGGUCAUGAGGAGUGCUGAGGUGGCUGCGUACUUCAAGAGAUUCGAGGAAUCAGAGAGGAUGUACAUGGACAUGGAUCGAAGGGAUCUAGCCGUCAACCUUCGCGUCAAACUCGGCGACUGGUUCCGCGUUGUCCAACUCCUGAAAGCAGGGAGUGGCGGGGGCGACGACACCCAACUCCAGCUGGCUUGGAAUGCUAUCGGAGACUACUACGCCGACAGGCAGAAGUGGGGCAAGGCAGUGACGUACUACUUACAGGGCAACAACCAAGAGAGACUAGCUGAAUGUUACUACAUGCUGGAGGAUUUCAUCGGAUUGCAGAAACUCGCUGAUUCCUUACCGGAGAAUCAUCGACUCUUACCGGACAUUUCGGCGAUGUUCGUCACCGUUGGUAUGUGCCAAGAGGCGGUGGCUGCCUACCUCAAAUGUCACCAAGUCAAGAAGGCGGUAGACUGCUGCGUAGAGUUGAACCAGUGGGACCAGGCCGUGGAGCUGGCUAAGACCCACAGCAUCAAGGAGAUAGACAACCUCUUGGCUCGGUACGCCGCUCACCUCCUUGAGAAGGAUAAGAAACUGCAGGCUAUUGAGCUGUAUCGGAAAGCUAGUCACUUCAUUGAGGCAGCUAAACUCAUGUUCAGUAUUGCCGUAGAUUACUCCAAGAAGAAAGUGAAGCCGCUUAGAAUCAAGAAGAUUUAUGUUCUUGGUGCUCUACUGAUUGAAAGUUAUCAUGAGCAGAUGAAGCUGACGUCAAGAUUGAAGGCAAAAUCCAAAAAGAAAGCUGAGGCUGCUUCUGCUCUGGCUGGCUUGCUUGAGGAGGAGGCUAUGGCAACAUCCGACACCAAGCUGAUAGACAAUGCAUGGAGGGGAGCGGAGGCUUACCACUUCUUCUUACUCGCUCAGAGGCAGUUGUAUCAAGGCUAUGUAGAUGCCAGCAUGAAGACAGCUCUCCACCUACGAGAAUACGAUGACAUCCUAGACCCUGUUGAUAUCUACUCCCUGCUGGGGCUGGCUGCUUGUGCCAACCGGGCCUUUGGGACAUGCUCAAAGGCCUUUAUUAAGCUGGAGUCUACUGAUGCAUUGAAUCAGUCACAGCAGGAGCAGUAUGAGGCUCUAGCAUUGGAGAUAUUUACCAAGCACUCUCCCAAGGAUUCCAGAAUCAAUAAAUCGGAGUGUCCAAACUGUGACACCAUGCUACCAGAUUGGUCUUCGUCAUGUCCCAGCUGUGAUGCAAAGUUCCCAACGUGCAUUGUGACAGGUCGGCCCAUAAUGGACAACCUUUUCUGGAUGUGUGAUACCUGCAAGCACAGAGCUUAUGAGUCUGAGAUCCGGUCCGCUACUACAUGCCCACUCUGCCACUCACAAAUCUAGACUUUUCUCUACUUGGUUUGUUUUGAAAUAAGUGGUCAUAUUUUUCCUACAUUGGCAGGCCUGAUGCUUCGUUCUUGAACGAGCAAUGGCACUGACACGACUGAUAAGGCGUUUCUUUUCCUUUGUAUUCUCUCAAAAAGUGUACAUUUAUAUUGGGACGUUUCAAGAGGCACCAAGGUCAUAAGGACCAAGGGCAUGGAGGCAAUUGUCUCAAUUGACUUGGUGAAGAAUCUCGCCUGCAAAAGUCUCUGGCAUUUAAAUUUUUAUUUAUUUACUUUACUUUUUACUUUUUUAAACUUCUUUUUUUCUCCCAUAAAAU